AUGUUGAGCCUCCUGCUUCUGCUCACGGGGCUCAGCAGGCUCUGGGCAAAUACUGAUUCUGAAAGACUACGUGUGCAAAUUACAGUACCGGAGAAAAUACGGUCAAAAACAACUGGGGAAAUUGAAUCAGAAAUGUCCUACAAUAUUCCAAUUGAAGGGAAAACUUAUACUGUGAACCUAAUUCAAAAAACUUUUUUACCUAGUACUUUUAGAGUUUAUGGUUAUACCGACGCAGGAAGUAUGAAACCUCUUGAUCAACAGUAUCAGAAUUUCUGCUUUUACCAAGGAUAUAUUGAAGGUUAUCCAAAUUCUGUGGCACUUGUAAGCGCCUGUACUGGACUCAGGGGCUUGCUGCAAUUUGAAAAUGUCAGUUAUGGAAUUGAACCCCUGGAGUCUUCGGUUGGCUUUGAACAUGUUAUUUAUCAAGUAAAACAUAAGAAUGCAAGUGUUUCUUUAUAUGCUGAGAAGGAAUUUGAAUCAAGAGAUCUGCCCCAUAAAAUACAAAGUGUAAAGCCAUUGUCGGACUUCCCUUACUACAUAGAAAUGCAUAUUGUAAUGGAAAAACAUUUGUAUAAUCAUAUGGGCUCUGAUACAGCUAUUGUCACCCAGAAAGUUUUCCAAUUGAUUGGAUUGACCAGUGCUAUUUUUGCUUCAGUUAACAUUACAGUAAUUCUGUCUUCAUUGGAGCUUUGGAUAGAUGAAAAUAAAAUUCUGACCACUGGAGAUGCUAAUGAGAUAUUACACAGAUUUUUAAAAUGGAAAAGAUCUUAUCUUGUUUUGCGUCCACAUGAUGUGGCAUUUUUACUUGUUUACAGAGAACAUUCAAAUUAUGUUGGUGCAACCUUUCAAGGGAAGAUGUGUGACAGAAACUAUGGAGGAGGUGUUGCUAUGCAUCCCAGAACCAUGAGCCUGGAAUCACUUGCAGUUAUUCUAGCUCAAUUACUGAGUCUCAGUAUGGGGAUAACUUAUGAUGACCUGAACAAAUGUCAUUGCUCAGGAACUGUCUGCCUAAUGAACCCAGAAGCAAUUCAUUUCAGUGGUGUGAAGAUGUUUAGUAACUGCAGCCUGGAAGAUUUUGCACAUUUUAUUUCAAAGCCAAAGUCCCAAUGUCUUCAAAAUCAGCCACGCUUAGAUCCAUCUUACAAAAUUGCCGUUUGUGGUAAUGCAGUAGUGGAAGAAGGAGAACAAUGUGACUGUGGGACUCCACAGACUUGUGAUACCCCAGAAGGACGAUGCUGUAAUAGGGAGACAUGUACAUUGACUGCUGACUCAAACUGCGUAACGGGUGACUGCUGCCAGAAUUGUGUUUAUAAGGCAAAAGGAGUACAAUGUAGGAGUGCCAUUGAUGAAUGUGAUCUCGCUGAAUAUUGCAAUGGAUCAUCUGCAUCAUGUCAAGAAGACUUUUUUAUUCAGAAUGGGCAUCCAUGUGGACAGAAUCAGUGGCUCUGUCUGGAAGGAAAAUGUACCAGUGGGAUAAAACAAUGUACAGAAACAUUUGGUGAAGGUACAAGUUUUGGUACUCAAGCCUGUUUUGCUGGACUUAAUUCUAGGACUGAUCAGUCUGGAAACUGUGGUUCAGGUCCUUCGGGAUACACACGCUGUGAACCUACUGAUUAUCAGUGUGGAAAAUUAAUAUGUACCUAUACGAAAGAUACUCUAGUUAGAUUUGUAAAUGCCACUACUAUUUAUGCCAACAUAGAAGGACAAAUCUGCAUUGCUCUGGAGUUUAAGCAUGAUCAUAAAGAUAGCCAGCUGAUGUGGGUAAAGGAGGGAACUGUUUGUGGACAAAACAAGGUUUGCAAGAAUAAGCACUGUGUUGAUUCCUCAUACUUGGGUUAUGAUUGUACUGCAGAAAAAUGCAGCAACCAGGGGGUAUGCAAUAACAGAAAGCACUGCCACUGUAACCCUGCCUAUUUACCUCCAAAUUGUAAAACUGAAUUUGAAAAGUGGGGUGGUGGAAGUAUUGACAGUGGCAAUUUUCCCCCAGACUUACAAGGCAUCCCCCCAAAUAUCCCCGCCGGAGUUGGUAGAAGCUACAUUGAGAGAACUUACGGAUACAAAUCUGCAAAAUGGCAGUUUUACUUACUCAUUCCUUUUUUCAUUAUUCUCGGUGUCCUGAUUGCUAUACUGGUAAAAUUUAAUUUCCAAAGGAAAAAAUGGAGACAAGAGGAAUACACAAGCGAUGAGCAAUUUGAAAGUGAUAGUGAACCCAAAGAAUAGUCUGCACAAAGAGAAUCCAUGAUACCACAGAUACCGUUCAAGUCAGCGACAAACAGAUAAAACUUCUAAUGAUAAAUAGACACAAAAUGAAAAGAUACCAACUGCGGUUUGACACUACUC